AGGCCAAAAGCACUCCUCUACUCUAGGCUUCGGGCUAAUAUGUAAAGAAUAGUAGUUGAUAUCAUGAGCUAAAGCACACCAGGAUUUCUCAACGCCAAAGUAGAAUGGCAGAAACCAUCCUUUGUCCUGUUAUUGAGCAGGCAGUUUCUAAGGCAAUUUCCUUUGCAACUAAACAAAUUUGCCUUGCAUGGGGUUACGAGAAGGAGGUUGUGAGCCUCAAGGAUUCACUAGUUAUGAUUCAAGAAGUUCUCCAAGAUGCGGAGAAUAAACAAGGUGAUGUUGUUAUAAGGCGUUGGUUGCAAAAGCUGGAGGAUGCAGCCUAUGAUGCAAUGGAUGUAUUGGACGAGUAUGCUUAUCAUCUUCUCCAGCUGAAAGUAGAGACUCAAGGCCAAAAGAAGAAACAGGUGUAUCGGUUUUUUUCUCGCUCUAAUCCAAUCGUGUUUCGUUGCAAAAUGGCUAAUAAGAUUAAGAAAAUUAAUGAGUCUCUAGCUAAAAUAAAAGGAGAUGAAGUGUUUCUUAAGUUGAAUAAAGGCAAAUCAACUCUGCGUGUUAGUCCCAUCCGCAAAACAGAUUCCCUCCUUGAUUCAAACCCAAUUGGAAGAAGUGACGAUGUUUCUGAAAUAAUAAGCCAGCUAAGUAAACUUAGGAGUCAGCAUUCCAUGUCUGUUGCUUCUAUAGUAGGCAUGGCUGGCGUUGGAAAGACAACUUUGGCAAAAUCAGUGUUCAAAGAAGUAGAAGAAAGAAAGCUUUAUGAUAAAGUAGCAUGGGUUUGUGUUUCUGAUCAUUUUGAUGAAGAGGACAUUUUAGGAGGCAUGUUGCAAUAUCUUAAUAACAAGGCAGGGGGAAUAAACAAAAUUGGUGCAAUACUUCACCAUCUUGAAAAUGAGUUGGAAAAGAAAACCUUCCUUCUCGUUCUUGAUGAUGUGUGGAAUGAAAAAUCUGUCGAGUGGGGUAACUUCCUUGAUCGCUUGUCCAAAAUUGUGAAAACCACUGGAAACUCUAUUAUUGUAACAACUCGCAGUUAUGGAGUAGUAUCUGCAAUAGAGACGGCUCCUGUGUGUCAUGUGCUUCCUAUGCAUAAGCAUGAAAUGAAAGGGUUAUCAAAUGAUGAAUGCUGGUCUAUAAUUGAGGAGAAAGUGCAUAGAUUGGCAAGAAGAAUAGAAGAUGCUAAUUUAAAAGAAAUUGGGCUAGCUAUUGCAAGAAAAUGCAAGGGCUUGCCAUUGGUUGCAAGUGUAUUGGGAGGAACAAUGGGUCACAAGUUUGGAGUAGAAGAGUGGUUGGCUAUCAAGAAUAACGAUGCAUGGAACUUAUUAGACGAUCAAAAUAUUGCAUCAAUUCUAAAGAUAAGCUAUGACCAUUUGUCUGGGCCUCUAAAGAAAUGUUUUGCUUUUUGUUCAAUUUUUGAAAAGGAUGCUAUUAUGAAUAAAGAUGAAUUAGUUCAGCUCUGGAUGGCAGAAGGAUUCCUGCACCCACCUAAUGAUAAAAGCAAUUUGACAAUGGAGGAUAUUGGUGAUCAGUACUUUGAUAAUUUGUUAUCCAAUUCGUUGUUUCAAGAUAUAAAAAGGAAUGCAAUGGGGAAUGUGGAAUCUUGUAAGAUGCAUGAUGCGGUGCACGAUCUUGCAUUGUCUAUCUCUAAUGGUGAAACAUUGAUUUGGGAUCAGACUAGUUCCAUUGAUGAAAAUUCUAAAAUUCGGCAUUUGAGGGUCAAGUCUAAUGGGGGAGUGCUUCCAAGAGGAGUUUCUCAAAAGUUGCAUUCUUUAUUCUUAGAUGCGAAGUAUGUUUCCCACAACAUUGCUUCAGAUCUUAAAAGCUUGCGAUCUCUUACAAUGUUGAGAGCUUGCAGAGAAGAAGAUCUAUCAAUUUCUCUUGGCAAAAUGAAGCAUUUGAGGUACCUUGAUAUCUCAACCAAUCAAAUUAAAGUACUACCAAAAUCAUUCUCUAAACUCUACAACUUGCAAACUUUAAAGCUCAUGUGGUGCGAUCAUCUUGAGAAGGUCCCUGAUGACAUGAGAAAUUUUGUUAGCUUGAGGCAUCUUUAUUUCAGUAGUGAAAAGAAUAUGCCAAAAGAGAUUGGGCACUUGACUUCCCUUCAAACAUUACCACUAUUUGUUGUGGGAAGAGAAAAGGGAUGUAGAAUUGAAGAACUUGGAUGCUUAAGCCAACUGCGUGGGGAAUUGGCCAUUCAGAAACUUGAAGAUGUAGGAUCCAAAUCAGAAGCCUCUAAAGCAAAAUUAAAAGAGAAGGAAAAAUUGCAAGGGUUGGAAUUUACAUGGAGUGAAGAGAGAGAAGCCAACAACAACACCAACGAUGAAGAGGUCCUAGAAGGUCUUCAACCUCACCCACAUUUGAAGAGCUUAGUUGUUUGGCAUUACCAAGGAAAGAACUUCCCAUCAUGGAUGCAAGGUGGUUUUCUUGAAAUUAAGGGGAUGGAGAAGGUAAAAAGCAUGGGUAGCAGGUUCUAUGUGGAUCAAAGCAACAGUGAUGAUGGAGUGGGAUCCGCUACACAAUUCCCAGCUUUAAGAGAAUUCAGUGUUGCAUGUAUGGAUAGCCUUGAGGAAUGGGUAGAAGUAAAAGGUGUGACUGUGUUUCCUUGUCUUGAGAGGUUGUACAUUGAGGAUUGUCCUGAGUUGAAGACUUGGUCGAUGGAUGGAUUUUCAUCUAAUCAUAAGCUGUCUUCUUUGAGAAUAAGUGGAUGUGACAAACUAAUUGUUAUACCAAGUAUGGAUGGGCUCAUAUCUCUUACAAGCCUUCAGCUUUCUAAUUGUGAUGAAUUAAUGAGUCUACCAAGUGGAUUGGGAUCCUGCACUUCUCUUCAGGAGUUGACCAUUUCUAGAUGCAAAAAACUGUCUUCCAUUCCAAGUAUAAAUGGGCUCACAUCUCUAACAAGCCUUGAGCUUUAUAAUUGUGAUGAAUUAAUGAGUUUACCAAGUGAAUUGGGAUCCUGCACUUCUCUUCAGGAGUUGACCAUUUCUAGAUGCAAAAAACUGUCUUCAAUUCCAAGUAUAAAUGGGCUCACAUCUCUGACAAGCCUUCAGCUUUCUGAUUGUGAUGAAUUAAUGAGUCUACCAAGUGGAUUGGGAUCCUGCACUUCUCUUCAGAAGUUGUUCAUUUGUAGAUGCAAAGCACUAUCUUCAAUUCCAAGUAUAAAUGGGCUCACAUCUCUUACAAGCCUUGACCUUUCUUAUUGUGAUGAAUUAAUGAGUCUACCAAGUGGAUUGGGAUCCUGCACUUCUCUUCAGAAGUUGACCAUUUCUGGAUGCAAAAAACUAACUUCCAUUCGAAGUAUAAAUGGGCUCACAUCUCUUACAAUCCUUAGUCUUGAUUAUUGUGAUGAAUUAAUGAGUUUACCAAGUGAAUUGGGAUCCUGCACUUCUCUUCAGGAGUUAAACAUUUAUGGAUGCAAAAAACUGUCUUCAAUUCCAAGUAUAAAUGGGCUCACAUCUCUAACAAGCCUUCAGCUUUUUGAUUGUGAUGAAUUAAUGAGUCUACCAAGUGGAUUGGGAUCCCGCACUUCUCUUCAGGCGUUGACCAUUUCUACAUGCAGAAAAUUUUCUUCCAUUCCAAGUAUAAAUGGGCUCACGUCUCUUACAAGCCUUGAGCUUUCUGAUUGUGAUGAAUUAAUGAGUCUACCAAGUGGAUUGGGAUCCUGCACUUCUCUUCAGGAGUUGACCAUUUCUGGAUGCAAAAAACUGUCUUACAUUCCAAGUAUAAAUGGGCUCACAUCUCUUACAUGCCUUGAGCUUUCUGAUUGUGAUGAAUUAAUGAGUCUAUCAAGUGGAUUGGGAUCCUGCACUUCUCUUCAGAAGUUGACCAUUUCUGGAUGCAAAAAACUGUCUUCAAUUCCAAGUAUAAAUGGGCUCACAUCUCUGACAAGCCUUCAGCUUUCUGAUUGUGAUGAAUUAAUGAGCCUGCCGAUUGGGCUUGGAUCAUGCACUUCUCUUCAGAGUAUGGCAAUAUGGAAUUGUCAUAAUAUAAUUUCAAUUACUGAGGAGAUUGGGGAAUUACAUUCACUCAGUCAACUAGAGAUCCGUAAUUGUGGAAAGCUAAGGAGCAUUCCAGAGGAGUGCGUGGGUAGACUCACCUGCUUGAAGCAGUUACAGAUGGGUGGUUUCUGGUCGGAGUUGGAGGAACUUUCUGGACUAACCUACAUUCAUCAACUCCACACCUCCCUUGAAGUAUUGGAAUUGAAUGGAUGGGAUAAAUUAAAGUCUCUGCCACAUCAGCUUCAACAUCUCACUGCCCUCACGAAAUUAACCUUAUGGGACUUCAAUGGCCUGGAAGAUUUGCCAGAGUGGUUGGGAGACCUCUCUUCUCUUCGCAGGCUGAAGAUUAAGAAUUGCUCUAAUUUGACUCAUAUGCCUUCUAUUGAAGCCGUGCGACGCCUCUCCAACUUACAAGAACUUCACAUUUUGAAUUGUCCGAAGUUAGAAGAAAGAUGCGCCAAAGAGAGCGGCCCCGAAUGGGCCAAGAUUUCCCACAUCCCCUGCUUGAGAAUAUAAGGUGGGUCCCUGCAGUAGCAGUCUAAAUAAGAGAUUGAGGGUUGAGAGUUGUGACUGUGAUUGGGCCGCUCAGAGCUCAUAGAAGCUAGCAAAUCUUCAAAUUCUAUACUGUAUAUUAAUGUUUUUUAAAUUUAAUAGCUUUUAUAUUUUGGCAUAAAAACACACUGAGUGUAAUUCUUACAAGUUAUGUCUGAUGCAUCUAAACACAUGAAAGUGUAAAGCUUGAGGGUGUGAGAGCCCAGCAGCAGGAGUAAUUACUACAAGCCUUCGUUUUUUAAGGGAAGAUGUCAAGUUGAACGAGAAAGGAAGAAGAAGACACCAGGUGUUGAUCAUACUGCUGAUUGCUUUUGUACUUCAGUCUUGUUAAGAGAACAUGGUGUCAGUGGCUAAGACAUUGUGCUUGUUGAAUUAAUGACCAGUACUUGACCAAAAUAUAUCUAUUUAUUUGUAAGCACUCAUUAAAGGUUAGGAAACUGGUAUCUAAUCUAAUAGACAUGGGACAAUGGAGCAAAGUUGCUUAUUUUAGCAUUCUGCCAUUCUUUAUUGGCUUUAACACUCCACCUUGAUAGCAAUGCUGCACAUGGCAAGCUUAUCCCUCAUUCCUCAUCCCAACAUCAACAUCAGAAUGGAUUUGCAGACUCCAAUAUGCCUGAGUCAACAUAUAUAAGACAUUAUUUUUGUACAAAUGUUCCCAUUCCCAACAAAGACAGACAUGGUGGAGUCAAGGACUUGCAGAAUUAAGGUAAGAGUUUGCACUUUCUGUAUUGAGAGAAAAUUUAAUGCACCUUAUAUAUUGUUAAAGUGUCUUUUAGCUCUUUAUUUCAAGGUCCUUUCAAGUGAUUUCUCACAAUUGAUUCUUUUUUCUCCUUGAGUUGAUGGUUCCCACAAAAAUCAGCUUAGUUAUCGGGUCCAUAUCAGUCAGAUGCUGACAAAAUUUGACAUGCAAGUUGACUAGUGUACAUAUCUGUCUUUGCCUAACAAGGUUUCAAGUUACAUGGGAUUAGCAAAUGUAGUCGAGUUAGUCAAGAAGGAUAUUGGAUCCUCCGUCAAGCUCUAAACUGAAAUUUGUCUAGGAGAAGACAAAGAAUGUGAAGAUGAUAUUUCAGUUCUCUUUUCUUUGGUGGACUGAUUUUGGGUAUGUAGCUAAAUGGGAAAACAUGCCAAGAAAUUGUCUUCAAACAUAUGUGCCUGCAGUAUAUGCCAAUUGCCAAGAUGUUCUUUUUUCUCUUACCAUGCAAUGGUAUGAUCCCAUCAAAUGCCACUCAGAGUUCAUUGUGAAUCUGUCUGGCGUGAUGGGAAAGUAUGGAGAGUUUCACAAAAGCUCAAAUGUAAUCAAGUAGAUGAGUCUGAGCCUCUACCUAGAAGUUUGUCUGAGUAUGUAUUCUUAUUU